UGACGCACGAUGUCAUUUUGAUUAAAAUAUUCCUUUAUAUAUGAUUAAAAUCACAAAUUAAAAUUAAAAAUGUCUAAGUCGGGUUUGGUUGUUAUUAAAAAACUAUAAACUUUAAAAACUCGAUUUUAAAACCUUUACAUGCGUUUUUUACAUAAGAUAUCUGAAAUAAUGGUAAUACGAGUUCAAGCUGGGAUAACGAGUAUUAAGAAUAAGCAGUAAGCUAAAAUAUUAACGAAAAACUUCUAAUAAAAUGUCGGUGUUUUCUAAAAUUAAAGACUUCAUGAACAGACACCAGAGGAAAUUUCUUAUUGGAGGAAUUUUUAUAGCCGGUUCUGUUUUUGCAGUUCGAUAUGUAGAGAAUUUUAUGAGAGAAUGGCAGAAAAAGGAAGCAAUCGAAUUUAUCGAAAGAGCUCGCAAACAAAACCAUUUUGAAGCCAUAAACAACACUUGUGGUGAAACUACCUUAAAUAUAUCUGCAUCACUACUAGACAAGAUGUAUGAAACUGUAAAUACAGAAAAUCUUAUCCUUACACUUAAGAGUAAUCCCAAAAAUAAAGUGGAACUAUGGAACCAGCUAAAAAAUCAAGUUUUUAUUCAAGCUGCCUGUAUUAUAUAUUCUUUGGUGAUACUAGUCGUUCUGCUAAAAUUACAGUUAAACAUUGUUGGAAGUUAUUUAUAUAAAGACCCUACCAGUAUUCCCUUUGAUAUGCAAGAAAGUUAUUUAUCACUUUCACAGCAUUUUAUCAAUGUAGGUGUUAAGAAAUUAGCUAAUACUAUAGAGAACAAGGUGUCCAGCAUUACAGAAAAUGUAGAAUUAGGUAAAAAAAUGAAACUAAGCGACCUGGAAACAAUUUUUUGGUCUUUGCAAGGCAGUUUAGACUCAGAUGAAGAAGGGCCAGUAUGUAAUUUAAAGUCUUUUAUUUUUGAGAGGGACGUCCCUACUUCAGAUGAUUUGCUAAGUUCUAUGUUAAAAGACACUGUAGAUCUUCUGGAAAGCGAAGAAGUAAAAUAUGUGGUUGUUCACCUAACAAACAGGGGAUUCAUGCUGUUGUCUGAUCAGCUUUCUGAAUUUUUUGAUCAAAGCGAACCAAAAAUCAAAGAAUUGCCAAGGGCGGCAACACAAUUUAAUAAUCCCUUGAUGAAUAAAAAACCUCUAGCCAAAUUAAUACCGAUUUUAAAUGGUCUAUUGUCUAGAACAUCGUUGCCACAGAAUCUCCUUCAAGAUUUAAGGACAAACGAGAAAUUACAAACAUUGUGUGCAAAUGUUUAUGAAAGUUUACUGGUAUAAAAAAGGAUAAGAAUGUGUAAAUAUGGAAAAUAUAUUUUUUUUAAACUGGUUUGUGAAAGGAUAUAAAGGUUAUAUUAGACUUAUUUUAGUGAGAUGGUGAAAAGAAAUAGUUUUACAAUUAUUAGUUUAUAGACUUUUUAUAAGAAGGUUUAAAUAUGAAGUUGUUAAUAAAUCAUCAAAAGC